CAAGCAAGCAACGUCCAUCAAGUGUAAGUACCACAUCACUCCACCCUAUACCUACCUAUUUUUCUAUAUUUCUUUUGUUUAUUAUUAUUAUUAUUUUAUUAUUGCAAUGCAGCUACUUCUUUUAAGGACAAGAAUAUUUAAUCCCGAUAGGAAUAUGGAGGUUUGAAUUAAGAAGCUAUUCCCUGGGUUCACCAAAGCUUCAUUUCAAAAUGUCGAGUAAAACUGUACUUAAACAUUGUCGUGUAUAAGUCCUCUGUCAAGGACAUCUACUUUAUUCUAUCAUUCUACCAUAUUUUCACUUGAUAUCGACUGUACUUUUUCUUGCUACUAUUUCCAUUACCAAUAGAAUCAUCUUAGGCUAACAAAUUAACAGAUCAUUAUCAACAUUAUUUAUCUUUUUUCUUUUCCUAAUGACCUCAUCGCUCACUGAUGAGCGUCUGAAUCACCCACUCCCUUGAAGAAUCUAAGCCCUCCCGAGCUUGCCAGUUCUGAAAGAAAUACUGUCAUUUGUAACUAACUAGCGGGAUACGAUCCCGAGUUCUCAAGUACUGUCGGAAGAGCUCAACAGCCAAUUGACCUGAGCUCACGACCGCGCUCAUUUCCCCCGCCCGGCAAACACCGCCUAAUACUUGCCGGGUGGAAGGCGCAGCGCAGCCUUCGACUCGGCCAGAAUCUACCCCGACAUGGAAGGUGAAGACCAGUCCAUGACGGAUGCACCUAAUGGCUUUGACGAGUCUCAUGUCGCUGCUACGGCGGGACAGGAUGGCGGAGACACUACUGUCAAGAACGGUAUGAAUGUCGACGUCGACGUCGAUGCCGAUGAAAGCGAUGCGUUCAGUGACACCGACGAAAUAAUAAAAUCAAUGCAUCGGCGAGGUAUGCUUCCCACGGGAUGCUGCUACGAUGACAGAAUGAAACUGCAUGCAAAUGCCGAUUUUGGGCCUUCACCGCACCAUCCAGAAGACCCGAGGAGGAUCGAGGAGAUCAUGAAGAUGUUUAAGAAAGCCGGUCUGGUAUUUACUGGGCCUGAUUCUGACCUCCUUGACAUCCUGAGAGAAAAUCCAACCAAGUAUAUGUGGAGGAUCCCAGCUCGCCCAGCCACGAAGUCGGAAGUAUGCACAGUGCAUACUCCAAGGCACUACGACUGGGUCGAAAACCUCUCCCAGAUGUCGACGAGAGAGCUACGAACGCUGAGUCACAAGCUGGACCAAGGGAGGGCCUCCCUGUACGUAGGUGGCAUGUCUUACGAAGCAGCACUGCUUGCGGCGGGAGGUUGCGUGGAAACGUGUAAGAAUGUCGCUUCUGGACAAGUGAAGAACGCAUUCGCCAUCAUCCGACCACCUGGACAUCACGCCGAGUACGAUGUGCCUAUGGGCUUUUGCCUGUUCAAUAACGUCCCUAUCGGCGCUAGGGUCUGCCAAAAUGAGUAUCCAGACACGUGCCGCAAGAUUCUCAUCUUAGACUGGGAUGUUCAUCACGGAAACGGCGUUCAGAACAUCUUCUACGAAGACCCGAAUGUCCUCUACAUAUCACUUCACGUCUACGAGGAUGGCAACUUUUACCCGGGAAAACCGGAUAAUGAUAUGAUACCGGACGGAGAUAUAGACAAGGUUGGCGAAGGCCCUGGUAAAGGGAAGAACGUAAACAUCGGUUGGCCAUCUCAAGGUAUGGGGGACGGCGAAUACCUUGCUGCUUUCCAAAAGAUUGUGAUGCCGAUUGCUCGGGAGUUUGAUCCGGACAUGGUAAUCAUAUCUGCUGGGUUUGACGCGGCUGACGGUGAUGAACUGGGCGGAUGCUUCGUCACACCACCAUGUUACGCGCACAUGACGCACAUGCUGAUGUCCCUUGCCGGUGGAAAGGUAGCGGUAUGUCUCGAAGGCGGUUAUAACCUGAAGGCGAUUUCUAAUUCAGCCCUGGCCGUUGCCCGAACCCUCAUGGGAGAACCACCACCAAAAAUGGGCGUGCCACCCCUCAACAAGGACGCCGCCAGAUUGUUAGCAAGGGUCCAGGCCGUCCAGGCGCCGUACUGGGAAUGCAUGAGGCCUGGUAUAAUCGAAGUCCGAGAACUGGGCGAUAAUAUGUCCCGUCUUCACGAUGUUAUUCGGGGUUAUCAGCGCCAGAUACUGGCUGAGAAGUACGCCAUGGUCCCCCUCUUCAUCCAACGGGAGGUUCUCUACAAGUCAUUCGAGAAUCAGGUUCUUGUCACGCCAGGAUUACAAGCCAGGAGAAAAAUCCUAUUCAUUAUUCACGACCCUCCUGAGUUGAAGGCUAUGCCGGAUAUCAUCGAUAACACAGUCGAUCCGCAUAACGGAUUCAUCAUGGAUGGCGUCACGUCCUAUAUCGAGUGGGCUCACAAGAACGACUUCGGUAUCAUGGAUGCUAACAUCCCCCAUUACAUCACGCAUCCAGAAGAUAUCGACGCGUUUACUCCACGUGCGGACGAGAAGACAUUGCAACGGCAGAUCCAGGAACUAGUAUGCUACAUAUGGGACAACUAUCUUCAGCUCUAUGACGUGGAAGAUUUGUUCAUUGUGGGCGUCGGUAACGCAUACCUGGGUGUCAAGGUGCUUUUAACGAAUAGAGAUUGUAAAAAUCGAAUCUCAGGGGUGAUUAAUUUUGUGACGGGUAAUUUACGACCGGUAAAAUCGGAGACUGAUACGGAACUUUCGAGUUGGUAUAAGCAAAACUCGUUAGUCUACGUCACAAACGACCACGCUUGCUGGAUGGACGACGACCUGGCGAAGAAGGUACUUAAAAGGCGGUUCGGGGGGGUACACAGGAGCCCGGAAGUCGGUCUCAACAGGAUGAUGGAAGUGCACGCGAAGGAGGUUUUUGAAUUCAUCACCGAGAGGUGUAGCGAAGACCGAAGCGGUAAUACGACGGAGGACGAGAAGUAGGCAGGUUAUUACCUUAGGUUAAGUCAGAGGUAGAUUUCUUUUGAGAACGUUCAGAUUCAGAAAAAGAGACCCUGUUAGGCCGUCUAGAAAAGCGGCCAGUUGUAUAUACCAUACCGAAAUGGUGGCGGAGACGAAGAAAGAGAAGAAGAAGAAGACGAAGGUAUUGCUUAUUCACUAGACGUGGUUACGGAGUAGGCACCGAUUCUGUAGCCUUUUUUUCGUAUUUUUUUUUCUAAGUUGUAGCUUGGGAGAUUGGGAGAUUGGGAGAUUAGGAGAAACUUGGAGACUACGAAUGUAUUGGCUGUUCUUAUCGGUACCUCUCGAGUUAUCAUGUUUGGCAGACAAUUAAGGUUGUCUUCGUUACGUGAUGACAAGUGAGGAGCUUUUGCAGGAUAAGAAGUACCCAUCUUGGAAAAGUAGAGGCAGGUACAGAGAUAUUUGUACGUAGCUGUUGCAUACAUGUAUGUACGUUGUGAGCGUUACCUACCACAACGUACCUACCUAUUUUCUACUUCCCGCCUUCUCCUCCUACCUUAGGCUAUAGCUUAAAGUUGCAGCUGCCAAAUCCUCAAAACUUCCCUUUCAAACAACUUCUCAACCCCUCAAAUCCAUAAAAAAAAAAACUUCUGGCUUUCUCAUAGUCAUUCCAAAAAGAAAAAAAAAUCAGUCAGUUCCAUCUAUUUGCCAGUAGAUUUGCAUCUUCCUUACGU